GCGUCUCGUCGGAAACCGGACGACCAAGUCGACAUGGAGAGCCCCCGCCCGCCCUCCCCGCGCUUCACCCGGAGCCGGAGCGGCACACCGCGCCUCUGCCACGUAAAUACACCUCUGUCACCGAACCUCGGCAACCGCCCUCGGUCCCGGUCGAGCUCCGCGACCAAGACCCGGCCAGCCGGCUGCAACGCCGGAGAGACCGGGGAUUCCAUUCGCCGGUUGUGCAAGGAGAACAGGGUGGAGGCGGUGGGGCCCAAUGUGAAGAAAGUCGUCGUCAGCGUGACACCGUCCGCGUGGGCCCUGUCGCCGGGGAGGUACCCGGCGACGGAAGGCGGGAGCGGCGGAGGUGGCGUCGGCGGGAGGAAGAGAGGGGUGUUAAGCUUUUUCCGGCGGAAAAAGGACGCGGCAGCGGGGAGGGAGGAGGUGGAGCAUCGGUUGAGGGUGAUGGCGGUGAGGCUGUUGCAGUGGAGAUUUGUGAACGCGAGAUCGGAGGCCGCCAUGGCCGCCAGCACGGCUGAGAACAAAAUCUUCUUUGCGUGGCUGAAGCUAACUGAGCUAAGGAACAUUGUUGCUGCCAAAAGGAUAUUAAUUCAAAGGAGAAAGCAUAAGCUGAAGGUGAUUAAGGUGCUUAAUCCACAACUUAAUCUUCUUAACAGAUGGGAACUGCUGGCCAGAAGACAUCUUGAGGCUGUGGCUUCUUUGAUUAAAGUUUUGGAAAGCGCAUGCGUAUCUAUUCCCUUGGUUGAGGGUGCUAAGGCUAAUUUGGUGAUGGUUCAUAACUUCAUUUUUAGCUCAAUGGAUAUUAUGUUGGCUAUUGAAGCUGCAAUUAGAACAUUUUACUCCAAGACUGAGCUAUUAAAGUCAUCGUUGUGCGAAUUGGUGAAAAUCAUACCAGAAGAAGUACAAGGCUUGGAUGAAUUGAGGAACACAAACAACUUAAUCACUUCUCUUGAGAUGCAUGAGACUAGCCUAAGAGCCAACCUUAUUCAAGCAAAGAAGAGGGAAACUGCAUCUCCUCCUAUUUAUGAGAUAAAGACAGGACUUUCAUGGAAGCAUUUCCAUCCACAUUAUCUAAUUAUGUAGGUUAAUUAAUAACUAAUGAUAAUUAUGACACCCUUAAUCGCAACUCUUAUGGCCUGAUCUUAUUUAGAUUUUAUUUGUGACAGUUUUUUUACUAUUUUCUAAAGCAACUUUUUUAAUUAUAAUUUUUUUAACUAAAAAGUUGCCCUAGAAAACAGUAAGAAAGCUGCCGCAAACGAGAGAAAUUAUUAUUCGCGGAGUCCAGUUGUCAUCCGGACUCCAAUCAGAAUCGGCCACGUCGUCUGUAAAUUUUGUACACAUCUUUUAUAAAAAUUGUAUAUUGUGUACAGGCCGACGUGGCAUGUUCUGAUGGGAGUCCAAAAGGAAGCUACAUCUGGACUCUACACGUAAUAAUUUCUCCUUAUACGAAGCUUUAAUUUGUAGUAUAUUAAACUUAUGGGAAUGCUUAGCUUAAGUUAAUUACAAUAUGUAUCAUUUAUCUUUAUUUAAGCUCGUGUAACUAUUUAAAUAUAUGUAUUGUGAUAAUAUGUCGUGUUCUCUUGUAAUGAUUAUAAUUAUUUUA